AUGAAGAAGCUUUUUGAAGACUUCAAAAAGGACAUUAAAUUUAAAACUGCGGGGCCCGGGAAGAAGCUAACCGAAGAAACCAGCUCCAGGCCGGAGGUGGUGCAGAGCGGCUCCAGCGCCAAACACAACCGCCAUGCCCCCAGUGAGGGAGCCCAGAGGGCCGGGGCCGCGGCCCUGGCCAGGAUUGACCAGCACCAGCGGCCCAAGGUGCACACCUCCCAGGACGCCAUCAGGAGCCAGGUGAAAAAAGAGCUGGAGGCGGAGAAGGCUGCACUGGCUGAGAAAGAGAAGGCAGUGACCCCAGAGGGAUCCACAGUGCCAGUAAAAGAUCCCGCCUGCCUCUCUGUGUCUGGCGUUUAUUUCACCUGUCCGCUCACUGGAGCCACGCUGACUAAGAGUGAGCGGGAGGCGCACAUCAAAGAGGCCAUUUUCAUGCGGUUUGAGGAGGAUGCAGUUGAGGCUUCUGUCAUGAUGAUUCACACAUUUAACAAAGACAGAGAGAAAGUGAAGGCGGCUGUGGACAUCAUCAAUAAGUAUGUAGAAAACAUAUGCAAGAACCCCUCGGAAGAGAAGUACAGGAAGAUUAAACUGAGCAACAAAGUCUACCAGGAGAAAGUUCGUUCUGUGGAAGGCAGCCGAGAGUUUCUCCAAGCUCUGGGCUUCAUUAGUGUUAUGCUGCCUGUGGAGGGCCAAGAAGAAGAAGAGGAGUUCCUGGUGUUGCCAGAGCACAGCCCCGAUGCCCUGGAGCUGAUGAAGGAGCGGAGGGACCGGCUGCAGCGGGGGGAGCCGGUCAGGGCUCAGCUGGAGCGCCAGCCCCAAGCCUUCCGGCCCUCCGGCCACGCCCAGCGCUUCGAGCUGCCGCCCGACUUCUACAACCUGACGGCCGAGGAGCUGAAGAAGGAGCAGCAGCAGAGGAGUGAGCUGGUGGAGAAGAACGCCAUGCUGCGCACCAAAGCCAUGAGGGAGAAGGAGGAGCAGCGGGAGAGGAGGAAGUACAACUACACCCUGCUCAGGGUGCGGCUGCCCGACGGCAACCUGCUGCAAGGCACCUUCUACGCCUGGGACCGGCUGCCCGUGCUCUUCUCGUUUGUGAGGGAGUCGCUGGUGGACGGCUGGCAGCCCUUCGAGCUCAUCGCUCCCGGGGGGCAAAAACUGCAGGAGUCUGAGGAGGUCGCCCUGGCAGAGUGUAACUUGGUCCCUGCCGCCCUGCUCACCUUCUCCUGGGAUGCAGCGGUGCAGGCGGACAUCGCGGCGGCUGGCGGGAAGAGCCCCACCCUCCUCAAACCAGAGCUCCUGGAACACAUUCAGACGCUGAGCUGA